AUGUCUACUCCCCGACGUACUAAGGUCGUUGUUGCCCGCGAUUUAGGGCCCAAUGUCAUGCCGCUGCUGUUGGAGCAUCCCGAGUUGGAGGUUAUCGCUUGGCCGUAUGACACGAAGCCGUGCGACCGCAAGUGGCUGCUUGAGAACAUACCCGGCGCGUCUGGUGUCCUUGUGAUGCUAUCUGACAAGGUAAGGAGACCUAGCUUACAAGUCGUAUCGACAAUGUCCGUUGGAUAUGAGCACGUACAAAUCCCCGAGCUUAGGACACGCAACAUCAAGCUGGGAUACACUCCGGACGUUCUAACCGAGGCUGUGGCCGAUCUGUCGAUCAUGCUCGCCCUGAUGGCUGGGCGAAACGUCAAGGAAACUACCGAGGUGUGGCCCAACUUCGUCUGGUCACCUUUCGGAUUCUGCGGCCCACAGCUCAGCGCGAACCCCGUUAACCCGAAACCUACCGCCGGAUUUAUCGGCUUUGGACGCAUUGCGCAGGCAACCCUGGCUCGCCUUGUGCCAUUUGGCUUCGCUCGCUGCCUUUACACUGCAAACCCCUCCACACCGCCUGACGCGAAAGCCGACGCCCAAGUGGCUGCAAAGUACGGCGUGAAGGAGGUCCGGCGCGUGGACCUCGCCGAGCUUGCGCGGGAGAGCGACGUCGUGUUCGUGCUUGCUCCAGGCGGCGUCUCGACGCACCACAUCGUCGACGAAGCAUUCCUGAGGCAGAUGAAGAAGACUGCGGUGCUGGUGAACACCAGCCGCGGGACGUUGGUCGAUUCGGAUGCACUGUCGAAAGCUCUCCACGAAGGCUGGCUUUACGGGGCUGGGAUUGACGUCGUCGAAGGCGAGCCGAAGGUUGAUCAGAAUCAUCCGCUUGUGACGGCACCCAGAUGUAUCGUUUUGCCUCAUAUUGCGAGUGCGACCACGGAGACACGUCUUCAAAUGGCGACCUUGGCGGCAAAUAACUUGAUCAACGGGGUCUUGGGUGCACAGAUGCCCGUAGAGUUGAACAUCACCCGGUAG